CUCAGUCUCUGAGGAUUCAGCUUCAGCAGGGUCGACCAGUGGAAACUGUCCGGCUGCUGGGUCCGUCUUUCGUCCAGUGAGUGAUGUGCCAGAGGAGACGUGGAGGAUGUCGUGGGCACAUUCUGAGGAACGAAGCCUCACUGCAGCGCCCAGGGUCCGACUCCAGUUCUGAUCACAGUGCCUUGCUCAACAGCAACUGAGCAGCUUCACAAAGUUUCAGCUGCUGUGUUUCCUCUCGUCGAAGCGGCUGAAAACACUGGGUCGUCCCCAUGGCGCUGAAAGCUGUUUGCUUAUUGCUGCUGUUGGACGUCACUUUGUUGAUCCACUGUGUCACGUCUUUGUACAAUGUCACCUGCUCGACGGACUACGAUGUGUCACUGAAUUGCUCCUGUUCAGGAAUAACUACAUAUCCCAUCCUCAUGGAAGUCAGCUGCAGUGACGACGACGACGAAGUGGUAAACGGCAGCUGUGAAAUCGAAUGGCCUCAGUCCUGGUGCGUGAUGAACCUGGAGGAGCUCUAUGUAGUCGCAAGCAUCGGGACCUGGUGCACCGCAACUGCCAGUCACCAGGGGGAUCAAGAAAUAACGAAGGAGACUGAGUCAUCUAGCUGGGCUCUGAGUGACGUGGUGAAACCUCAGCCUCCUUCCGACGUUCGAGUGACGAACACUGACGGACUCUACAACAUCUCAUGGGCCCACCACAACCAAAACGACUGUCUCCAGUACAGGCUGCGCAUAAGAGAGAGCAAACACCCGUCAAAGGCUCCGGUUCCUUCCAUUCUCUUGGAGAAGUCCCAGUACAUCCGGCUGGACAACAGCAAACUCCAGCCGGGUGUCAACUACACUGUGGAUGUUAAGGCCAAAAUGUGCCCUAACAACGUCUAUCAGGGUCCGUGGAGCGAGUGGAGCGCUGCUGCGGAGUGGAGGACAGAAGGAGCUCCUGUGGAGGAUGAAGGGAUGAAUGGAUAUUUUUGGUUUGUCCUCCCCAUCAUUCUCGUCUUCUGCAUCCUUUUGUGGUAUUUCCAGAAACUGUUUUUGACGAAAAGACUCAAGGUGGUGACAUUCAUCCCCAGAGCGAACAUGUUUUUCGAACCUCUGUACCACGACCAUGGAGGAAACUUCAAGGAGUGGGUGAAGCCUUUAUUCAGCGAGUAUGAUUACCUGCGGAUCGAAUCUCAGCUGAUGAGCGAGAAGCAGUACGACGUCCCUCAACUGAGCGAGGAGAAGAAGAGCUUCAGAGAGGUCAACGAGACGAGUAAUGGCGGUCACUUCCCCCACGUGCUGCAGCCUCAGAGCAACUGGCUGCUGCCCUUCCACAGCGAUGGCAGCUCGCAGGACACCGGCCACUCCGCUGGACACGUCUCCAUCCACACGGUUACCCUGUCCGGAGAGGAGUAUGAGGAGGAAGUCAUGUCGCAGAGCUCCGUGAACACCCUCGCCAGCUUCCAAGACGGAGAAAGCUUUGGUUCGUUCGAAGAGGUCGACAGAGAGCAUGCUGGGUACGAUUCAGAGGGACCUCAGCUGGACAGACAAAGCGCGAUGUCACCAGAGCAUGAAAACAAAAUGUCCAUCGAGUUAUCAGAAGUGGGAAAUAUAAACUUUCAGCCACGUGCUGAGUUCAACGAGCCAGAGAGGAUUUCCCUUGACUCCUACACCUCAAACGAGCACUCGGAGGACGGCUACCCUCGUGUGGACUUGGACACCAUUGACAGUGGUUUUGCAGAGUGCAGCAGCCCCGGGGCCUCGGACACAGCGGAGCACAUGGACUCCGACUUAUUUCAGGAGCAAAAAAACUCUAAUUCAAACUACGUGAGGCAGUGGAUGAUAUGUAACAUUAUUCAGGAGGACGCCAGCAACUCGGACAGUGAACUGCGUGAAACACAGUGAUGAUUAUUAUUCCUGCCACCGUUAAGCUGCGUUUAUGCAGGACUGUGACUUUAAUGCAACACUUUUUGGAGUUCUGUGGGUCGUGCAUUUAAAACAUGGACAUUGUUGUUGGUAUUUUCACAACAGAUAUUUGAGAUUCUAGUUAGUUCAUCUUGAAAUGUUGAACCCUGUACUUUGUAUGACGUGUAUAUAGUCAGCUUCUCUUGUUUUAUAAUCGUUGUUUGUGUUUAAAUAUGUUUUGAAAAUAGUCUUUCCCUUCAUGUCUCUUGCAGUGAGUUUCUCAAAUGCUCAUUCAAUGCAUCAGUCCGUUAAUAGGUCAUAACAAAGCAAUGAGCAUCUAUAAUUAUUUGCAUGGGACCCUCCGGACGUCUUAGACAUUGCAACACAGGAUCAAAACUCUGCAUUUAUGCUUUUGUGCAUAAUAUCUUUGUCAUUCUGUCUCCGUCUCUGCAUGUUCUUAUGCUUCAUCUUGCACCCUGUGCGUGCUGCCUUAUCAAGAUGUCUGAUAACGUUCUUGUAAAUGACCAUUAUCUGUCAUCACUGCAACCACUCGUCCUGUUUUGUGCAAUGUCCCUCAUCUCCAAACACGACGAUUAUUUCUCCUCUUUCACCAAAUGUUAUAUUCGUGUGGUACAUGCACAACUGUGGAGGUGCAACUGCAGGAACUGGCAAAAGAUUUAACUUAUGAAACUACGAUGUUUUUUGCCUUUUCUUAGGGAGUGAUUCAUGGCUCUUGAUGAGGCAUCUGUGGGGAACUGAUAUGAGUGUGUAAUUGAAUUUAAGGGAAUUGUUUGGUUUUUGCAGUUGUAUCAGAUCUACUCAGUGCCUUUCUAGUUUGUUGGUUUGUUGCUUUCUUUAUUAGCAGGACAAUGCUUAAAUGAAUUUCCACUAAAUCUGGUGGAGGGAUGAGACCUCGGCUUUUAAAGACUCCAUUACAUUUUGGUGCAGAUGUGGAUUAAGGGGAAUCAGAGAUCUGCACUCUAUUAUUCUAAUUCUGUCUGUUUUCUCUGUCUUAAAUUCCAUGUAAAUAUUAAGUUGGAUUUGAAUGUUGUGGUGUUUGCUUCUCCUUCGUGCUCUGUGUGCUCAGUCUGUGCCUGCAGAUGUCAAAAUAAAAGAAAGAAUCACGAUUA